AUCACGUCGUUCUCCAGGAAAACGCUCAACACGUCAGCCGCUUCAUCGCCCUGGCAACUGUCAACAACCCUGCCAAAAAGAAGUAUCUUUACGCCUUCAACAUUGUCCCCAUGAAGACCAUGGAUCCAUCAGAGCUUGUGAAGCAGCCGCAGGACGUGACAGAAAACCCGUACAGACGCUCCACGAAAGACAAGACGGACACGUUGAAGACGGGCUUCAGCGCCGCCGAGGAGGAGGAGCCGGCCAGCCAGUUCUUCUUUGACCUGAGCAAGAACCAGGGGGGGCCUCACCGGGGCCGCGGCAGGAAACGACAUCCAGACGGAGACGGACGAGGACGAGACCAGCAGCACGAUGGAGACGGGCAUCGUGGACACAAACAGCCGCGCCGACACCCUCAGCCCACUGGUCCGUGCUGGUUCUGUUUGGCGAGUCCUCAGGUGGAGAAACAUCUGGUCAUCAGCAUCGGAUCACAUUGUUACUUGGCUCUGGCCAAAGGCGGCCUGACCCCCCACCACGUCCUGAUCCUGCCCAUCGGCCACUACCAGUCUGUGGUGGAGCUGAGCUCUGAGGUGGUGGAGGAGAUGGAGAAGUACAAGUCGGCCCUGAGGAGUUUCUACAAGAGCAAAGGCGAGCGCUGCGUCGUGUUCGAGAGGAAUUACAGGAGCCAGCACCUGCAGCUGCAGGUGGUCCCGGUGCCGCUGGACCGCUGCACCACCGAUGACAUCAAGGAGGCGUUCACGGUCCAGGCUCAGGAGCAGCAGAUGGAGCUGAUGGAGAUUCCUCAACAUACGGAGCUCAAACAGAUUGCUCCCCCAGGGACGCCGUACUUCUACGUGGAGUUGGACUCGGGGGAGAAACUCUUCUAUCGCAUCAAGACAAAAUUCCCUCUGCAGUUUGGAAGGGAGGUUCUGGCGAGCGAGGCGCUGCUGAACAUCCCGACCCGAGCCGACUGGAAGGAAUGUAAACAGAGUCGAGAGGAGGAGGAGGAGAGCUGCCAACGGCUGAGAGACGACUUCCAACCGUACGACUUCGCCUGGGAGGACUAACACACACACACACACACACACACACACACGUUGAGCUUCAGAUGGAAACCACUGGACAACCUUCAACCCGACACUGAGACGUUGGUCAGAUUGAGUUUCAGCCGUUUCAAGUCUUGAUGCUAAGCUAAGAGCGGCUAACUCCAUUCACACAUGAAAGUCUGUUUGAACUUCUCGUCUUAUUUUUCGAACACUGUCUUUGAAUUUUGUUCUGUUUCAAACCAGUGGUUCAUUUUUUAAUAAUCCUCCUGGACGAGGAGUUUUGAGUUUUAUGAGUAAAUCUCAGUUCAAAGUUUCUUACAUUAGUUUUUUCAGACGCAACAAAUGAUUUAAUCGAGAAAACGAAGAAUUAGUUUUUUUUCAGUCUUUUGUUUAUGGACGUGAAGAUGAAAUGGAAAAGUUACGAUAAACACAAACUGAAUUUUUUUUACGUCUUAUUCAAAAAGUGAAUCCGGAGAGUUUCAGAGUUUAUGAAACUCGCUGGAUUCACUGGAGUAUAAACAAUAAACGUUAAACUCAGUAAACUUUUCUACGACUUUAGAGUCUGGUUUUAAUUCAGUCUGGUGAAACUGGUUUUUAAAUGUUUUGUAAAUGAGCCUCAAUCAUUAAACUCUUAUUUUGGGA